GGCCUGUCCUACACAACACUGUGCUGUAAUUUGCUGGUUUAUAUCUAACUAACUCUAUCCUUUAACUCUUCUUUCUUGACUCUUCUUCUUUCCUGGGUCUCUGUAUGUACAACUUGUGUCACUACAGGAGGACAACAUGGCUUUGGAGGCCCACAAUGUACUGGCAACUGAGUCCCUCCAAGGCAGAGAGCAGUACGUGGGAUGAUUCUGUCCACCAGGCCUCAGAGGAAUAUGGACAUAGAAUGCACAACUUGUGCUGUGACAACUGCCACUCGCACGUGGCCAGGGCCCUCAACCUCAUGCGCUACAACGGGUCCUCCUCAUGGAACAUGUUCAAACUGGGGCUCCUUGUCAUCCUCUACGGGAAAUUCACUGGAGUUGGUGGAUUCCUCAAGACGUGGCUACCAUUCAUGAUACUAUGUCUUCUGAUCGUCAUAGUGGUAGUUCUGGCUACUGUCGUCCCUCGUGCAGAGUAAACCUUGCCCCCUUCUCACCUACAAACAAUUGUGACAUUAUUUCAACGAUAUUCUGUUUGUAUGCUGUCGUCGUAUGAUGUGUGUGUCUUUAAAUUAAUAUUGCAGUAUGUUGGUCCCUGAAUUAUGAAAAAAUUCCACAUCAAGAUGCCUAGGUGGGCUCGCUAAUUAUCGUGUUAGUUCGAUUAUGACAUAAUUAUUCAAAAUGUUUUAUGUACAUGCCAUUCAUUGCUUGGCAGAAUGCAACCAAAGGUGAAUGACAUCAACAUUUUAAAACCAGCCGCGGACACAAAUGUGUCC